AUGGCAGAACCGAUGGAUGAAGCUGAUGAAGCUGCAAAAUUUGUGACCAUCAUGCCGGAUGGUGGCGGUGCGACUGAUCCAAUGCCGGGAGUUCCAGAUGGUGGCACUGAAUUGGAUGCCUUGUUGGAGGAAGUAACUCCAAAGCAGCCAAAGCCAAAGUACUCGAAAGCAUUGUCCAGUGUUGGCGGCCAGACCCAGAAAAUGGUACAGGAAAGGGCCCAAGAACAAAUCAACGAGAUGCAGCUGUCGUGCAGUGCGUCCGGCAUCAACCAGCGGUCUGCCAAAGAGCUGCAGUUGCUCAGAGGGGAGGUGGAGUUCAGUGGAUUGGGUACUGGUGGUCACCGUGCUCAUUACGUGAUUGCUCCUCCAGAGAUGGAGAGUGCAGAUGAACUCUUGCGCUGGAUGUUCGUCCGUCAGGAUGGAUGGCGCUUGAAGCCUCCAAAUCUUUUGCUAUCUUGCUAUGGCGGAAGGGAUCACUAUGUGAACUGGGCUAAUUCACCAACACUUCGAAACCGAGAGGCCUGGGCCACGGCCACCGGCGCCGUAGAGGAUUGGCAGUUCAGACAGAAGUUUACCAGCCGACUGUCAGAGAUCUCAUCAGGUGUUUGCCAAGCUGUGAGCGAAUGUGGGGGAUGGUUUGAUCUGGGCACAGGACCUAGAGGAGGCUUGAACGAAGUCUUGAUGGACGGCUUGAAGGUCUAUUGGUCUGCCUUUGGAUGCCUGGCAGGACACAAGACCGACAACGUGGUGUUCUGUGUGCGCUUUUUGCAGGACACGGAGUUCAAGGACAGCUUUCUCCAGUGUGCACAAGCUGUGCCCGCAUCCGGUCCUGUUGACAAGAAGGAAGAAUUGAAGGAACGAGUGAUGUACCCGUCUGUCAACAGCCAAUUGUUUCCGCGAGCUUGGCUCCGAUCCGAAGGCCAAUGA